AUAAGAACCGCUCCCGAGCUUCGGCUCGCGCGCUCGACUCCCAUCUCUGCCGUACGUGGUUGGCGGGGACUGCUUCGCGCCCGCUGGCGGCCCCCGACGCGGGUCGACCCCGGCGGCGGUGGCUUAGGCCCAAAUCCACCGCGGUCCCAAGUCCCCUUCAAGUCCACCCGUGGAAGAGGCGUCCCCUAACCCUCCGCCAGUACGUACACAGGUGCGUAGUUACCCACGCAGGCGUCGUUGACGCAGCCCGCACCAGAUUGGAACGCAUCUCGGACACCGAGAGAGAGGAGACAAAGUCACGCAAUUCGGUCACCUUCUGGGCCCGCAGCGUCGAAACAAAGGCCACUUUCUAUAGGAAUAGGUGGUCGAGCGUCCCAGCGCAGCAGUCGCCGUCCCUCGAGCGCGCGUAUAGGCCGAGAUCGAGAAAUGCGCAUUUCUUCCGCUGCUCCGUGCGCGACGCGAGGGGCUCCGCUGCAGCCCAAAAUUGGGCUACCCUACCAACUUUAUGUAAGUGCACCGCGUGCCAAAUUUGGUGGCUUGGGAUGGCGUGUGGGCUGCGGUAGGUGCCCGGUUACUAAAAGUGGGAUUGUGCGGUAUAAACCCUCGCUUGUGUAACAGCGAGGAACCUAACCUACGGUACUAUACUAGAGAGAGAAACCUACUAGCCCUUC